GCCUCCCUCCUCCCAUCUUAUGUGUUUGUAUCUCUCUGGUUCUUUCUCUUCUCUUUUAUAAUAUAUUUAUCGAAUUUAUUUAUUUUUAUUUUCUUGAAUUAGAAAUUACAAUAUUUAUGAUUUUGAACAAUUCGUAUGUGUUCAUAUUUGAUGAAACCAUCUUUGAAAUUUGGAUCUGGCCUUACAAACACUGUUUACAUUUGUUUGGAGAUGAAGAACAGCAACGAUGUUGAGUUUCAAAUCGUCAAACUGAUUAUUUGAUUCAACUUAUUAUUGUCAGUUACAGAUUUUCUUUGUGUAUAUAUAUAUAUAUAUAUACAUAUAUUAUAUUAGUUUUUCUCUGUACUGAAUAUUGGGGGAUUCGUAUACAUAGGCAGCAGAAGAACAAGACUUGUUAGCUUUGGAUAAGCUUUUGGGUCCGUUUCUUUUAGAUUUCUUGUGAGUAAGAGAAAAUGGGGACCAACAACAUAAACUUCAAGAGUUUCGUGAACGACCCUCCAACUGACGGAGGCGGCGCCGGAAGACCUCCAGGAAACGAUCAACUGAUGAGACAGCCGUCGAUCUACUCGCUGACUUUCGACGAGUUACAGAACACCAUGGGUGGCCUAGGCAAGGACUUCGGCUCCAUGAACAUGGACGAGCUUCUCAAGAACAUUUGGAGCGCCGAAGAGACCCAGACCAUGGUAUCCGCCGCAGCGACUACUGGUGGACAAGACAGGGGGAUUGGUGGUACGCAGCCGCUACAGAGGCAGGGAUCGUUGACGCUGCCGAGGACCUUGAGUCAAAAGACGGUGGAUGAGGUAUGGAAGGACAUAUUCAAAGAUGGGAGUGGCGCUGCCGGAGCUAAUAUGCCGCAGAGACAGCACACUCUGGGAGAGAUGACUUUGGAAGAGUUCUUGGUCAGAGCUGGGGUUGUCAGAGAAGAUGCGCAAUUGGCCGGAAAGCCACCAACCGAUGAGGGUAGCAUCUUUUUCGGCGAUUUGCCACGUGUUAAUAAUAAUACCACAGGUUUAGGAAUCAAUUUUCAGCAGACGGGACGGCCUGGUGCAGGAUUGAUGAACAAUCGGAUUUCGGAAAAUAAUAAUAACAACAACAAUCAGAUUGCAGUUCAAGCAACCAAUCUGCCAUUGAAUGUUAAUGGUGUCAGAUCGAACCAGCAACAGAACCAGCAAAAGCACCAUCAACAGCAAAUCUUCCCCAAGCAGCCUACCGCUGCUUAUCCAUCUCAGAUGCCUAUGGCAAAUAGUGCUCAGCUGGGUAGUCCAGCAAUGAGGAAUGGAAUUAUGGGGAUCUCGGAUCAGGGUCUGAAUACUGGUUUGGUUCAGGGUUCUGCUCUGCCAGGUGGAGGGAUUGGAGUGGUCGGAUUAGGCGCCGGGCCUGUCAGUAUGGCGGCUGUUUCACCUGCUAACCAGUUGUCUUCUGAUGGGGUGAAGAGCAACGGUGAUACUUCCUCGGUUUCACCCGUACCUUAUGUGUUUAAUGGUGGUUUGAGGGGGAGGAAAUGCAGUGGAGCUGUGGAGAAGGUUGUGGAAAGGAGACAGAGAAGAAUGAUUAAAAAUAGGGAGUCAGCUGCCAGAUCGCGAGCACGAAAGCAGGCAUACACUAUGGAGUUGGAAGCAGAGGUUGCAAAGUUGAAAGAAGAGAACCAGGAAUUGAAGAAAAAGCAGGCAGAAAUGCUAGAAAUGCAGAAGAAUCAGAUUCAGUUCAAUUCAACCAUGUCCAAUUCUUAAUGCUCGCUAUCUUAAGCAGAUUCUAUUUUCCUUAUGGCAAUGGAGAUGAUGAAUGUGCAGCGGGGAGUAAAGAAACGGUGCUUGAGACGAACGCAGACUGGUCCAUGGUGAAGCAUUAAGGGAUUGUGAUUUCUGUGGUUGAAAAUUAUGGCACUCAGGCUGUAAAUAUCUUUUAAGGCAAAUGCGUUUUUCUGGUGUAGAUCAAGAGAGGUUUAGUGUGCUGUAGAUUAAACCUUCCUUAAUAUUUAUGAUCUCCAUUCAGCGUUGCUUCUCCUUUGAACAUUACGUGAGUAAAGUUAAGAGAGGAGAAGCAAAAUACGGUCUGUGAGAUUCUCUUUGAUGAUAUAUUUCAUAGCUUGUUUAGGUUCCUUCACCAUACAUAGUCAAACUAAUAUCGCUUGUGCAGGAUGCUUAUGUUACCUCACAUUUCUAUUUUUCUU